UUUUUUUCCUCUUUCAUUUCCCUAAAACCCUAAUUCCAUAGCUCCAUUUCAGUAGAAGAAUUAAUCUGCCGUUUUCUCUCACAAGCAAAAAAAGAAAAUGAAAAGAAAGCAAGGCGGAAGUGGAAGCGGAAGAGGAAGAGGUAGAGGAAGAGGUAGAGGAAGAGGAAGUUCCAUUAUGGAAGGCCAAUACACACGGAGCAAAUCUCAGAUCUACUUGCACUGUAACAGAUCGGGUCGAGUUCGGGUCGAUUCGGCCAAAUCCAAGCGGUCCGAUCACCAGCUCCAGCAACUGGAUCGACCUGUGAAGAAACUCAAAAUGCUAAUCGUACAGAAUCCAGAAGGUUCUUCGGAUCUGUGUGAAAUGUCGCGUACGCCAGUCAAGGAUCUUCGUGCUCGAAGAGUGUUUUCUGCACCUUCAGUUGUUUUAGAAAAUGACGACAAUUUGAGGAAAAGCGAAUCGCCGUUAUUCCAGAAGAAAAAUCAGAUAAAGGGAGAUGGUAAAAUUGGAACUGAGAGUAAUGGAAAUAGGAAUGGAGGUAUUCAGAAGAGUAACUCAGCUGUGAGUUCGAGCUUUCGGAGGAAGGUGUUCAUAGCUCCAAGCUCAUUUAGCUACAGAAGAUUACUACCAUAUUUGACGGAAGCUGCGAGAGAGUACUCUGAUGUUUCAGAAACUGAGAUACGUGAUAUGGAAUCCAAGUCCGGCAAUCCAACUUUGAGUUAUCAGAAACCUGAUCUGCAAUCAAUGGCUAGUAAUGGUUCUACUUCUGAAGAUAAACAUGUUGGUGCUAAUUCUGAUGUCAGUAAAUUGCUAAGGAGUGUCGAAGGUCAGCAGAUUGAGGUCAAUAUAUCAUGCAACCCGCAGGACCUCAAUGAUGUCCCUGAUGUUUUGAGCCAGACUCGAGUAGAUCCUCAAGUGUUUACCAAGGUGGGAGGACUUGAUCCUGAGGCAUUGGAAGAAUGUGUCCAGACGACACCACCAGAUGCUGACAUUUUAUGUAAAGCAGAUGUGAGCAACUUGGGAGCCAACAUAGAACGUAAUGCGGAGCAGACACAGAAAAUUUUUGCUGGUCAUCCAUCAGAUAGAAGAAAUGGCUGCAUUGUAAAGAAGUCUAGUUCGAGCCCUGGGAGAAAUGGCAGUGCUUUGAGGAACAAAUUGGCUCUAAAUCCUUGCUCUAGGCUGAAGGUGUUCAAAGCUGUAAAUUCUGUUAGUUACAGAAGACUGCUUCCAUUUCUGAUGGAUGUUGCAAAAAGUGAUUCCGGAGGUGCUUCAAGUGAAAAUGGACAUACUAAAUCUCAGAGGGACUUGGAGUGCAAUCGACCUUUGAUGUCCGUGAGUAAAGAAGUUCCUAUGAAUAAAGAAUAUUCUCCUAUGGAAGAUGAAACUAAAGAACAAGAGACAAAGAUAUUGGAAGCCAAGUGCAUCUCAGCCAAUGAUGUGAGUGAUUGCUUAAAUACUUGUCUCCCCAUGGAAAAUUUAAGUUCUGCUGCGGAAUCAUUCAAUGAGAAGCCAAGUUCAGUCUUUCCUGAUGACAUUGCCUAUCCACAGACUUUACUUAACGUGGAAAUCAGAAAAUCGGAAACUGAGUGUACUGAUACAAGUAUUACAGAAAAGUCAGAACCAGAAAGUCUCAAUAAUGAGAUCAAUAAUUUUAAUACUGGAGAAAAUUGUCCAGGAGUUACAUCAAGCUCCAAUGCAAGUCCUGAAACAUCAACUGGAGAAUAUAAAGUAGAUACCACAAACCUUUUGCCUAUCAGUCUUGAAGAUUUGUUAAGUGAAUAUGGGGUAGAGGUUCCAAAAGUUGGGCCUGUUAGUCCUGAAGGUGAUCGCAUGACUUUGAAGGUAGAUCGUCAUGAAGAAUCUAGCAAUUUGAUUGAUGUAAUAGGUUCAAAUUGCUGUGAACCGACUGGCACUGUAGGAAAAGAGCUUUUCCUCAAGAUGUCAGAACCUGAGCCUAUCACUAAAGAAAGCAGAUGCAAGGUUUUGUUGGCAGAUAGCAACGGAGAGAGUAGUGCGGUUGAAGCAGUUGCUUUGAUCAAGGCAUCUUCUUCCACUGAACCAUCAGAUCUCUCAGAAUAUAGUAAUGAUGGUCUCACCAAAACCUUAUGCAAGGAGUCCACACAAGAAAUCUCAGAAUCUGAGCCUAGUGAUGCUGCAAACAAAAAUGGAUGCCUUGAACCAGCUAUUUGUCAUCAGAAAUCAACUCUGAGUGAAUCAUCAUAUGAUUUGGUUACUCGUCCUGAUCUUCUCAUCAACAAAGGGAUCUUAAAGAGAAAUCCUAGGGGAUGUAGAGGUCUGUGCAACUGUCUGAAUUGUGCAUCAUUUCGCCUGCAUGCUGAGAGAGCAUUUGAAUUUUCUACAAAUCAGAUGCAAGAUUCUGAAGAAGUUGCUCUGGGAUUGAUGAAGGAGUUGGCUGAUAUGCGGAUUUUCUUGGAGAAACACCUUUCUAGUGAAAACGACCUUGCUCCUAUACCACUUUCUCAGCUUGGGGUUGAAGAAGCAUGUACGAAAGCAUUGGAAGCAGAACAACUGGCAAAAGAGCGCCUUAGCCAAAUGAAUAACGAGCUCCAUUAUCACUGCAGAGUCCCGCCUUUGUACCGGCCAAGAGUGACAUUUGCCAGUUCUAUAGAAGAAAAAGCCGUGAAAAAAAUAGAAUCAUUCAGUUCAAAAUCUGAGAAAGAAGAUAUCAAAGCAAGGGCAAAGCGUGGCCGAAAGAAGCAUCAGUGAGCUAAAUACCUGCUUGUGUUAACUUUACUUGGAACCAGAUAAGAAACUGCUUAUCAAAAGUGACUUGUAGAUAGUUGAGAAUCCCAGAUUAUAUAAUUAUGUUUGAAGCUAUAAUUCUUAAUGCCUCUCUAAAAUGAGAUACUCUUCAUGCUCAAUACUUCAAAGUCAUUGCUUUGUAUCUGGAAAAGUGUCUUCUCCAACUAUGGGCUAAAGUUUGAUAUUUGUAGACUCCCUCCCUACUUAAAUAUCUUUAUAUUCAUGCUCAAUGUUUGCUCUUUGAUAACUACUAUUAGGACUAAGAUAUAGAGAAAAAGGAGAAGGGGAGUUGGUAAAGUUGCCUCUAUAUGAUCACGAGGUCACGAGUUCGAACUGUGAAAAUAGCCUCUUGCAGAAAUGCAGGGUAAAGCUGUGUACAAUAGAUCCUUGUGAUUCAAUCCUUUUCCGGACCUCGCGCAUAGCGGGAGCUUAGUGCAUCAAGGAG